AUGGAAGGUCCCUCGGGAAGUGCGGGCCUGUUCGAUCACAGCAACGUGAUCAAGCUUGACAGCAGCACAUUCAAAGAGAAGGUUGCAGAUGGAAGGGUCUACUUCAUUAAAUUCUUUGCACCGUGGUGUGGCCACUGCAAAAAGCUUGCGCCAACAUGGAGCCAGCUGGCAGACAACUACAAGAACAGCAAGGAUGUAGUAAUCGCCCAGGUCGAUUGCACAAGCGCCAAGGACGUGUGUGAGAAGGCUGAGGCGGCCGAACACUGGAGGCUCUCAAGUCUCAUGUGGACGGGGCAGUGA